CAAGUCAAGAUGCUCAUCGGUCUAAUUUUUUCUCUAUUAAUUUCCAAUGGUUUUGCCAUUCAAACUAAAAACGAAGUAUGUACCCUCCUUUCGAUUUGUGACAAUAUUGCAGAAAUAAGAUCGCAAGUGGCGGAUAUCCGCAAGGAACAAGAACGUCAGGCUAUUAUUUUAGGGGGCCACCCUGCGUUAUCUCUAAAACGCAUAAGAGAACCAAAAGCAUUAAUCACCGAAAAUAAUGUUGAAGUGUGUACUCUUUUAUCAAUAUGUAAUAAUUUAGCAGCUUUAAGCUCAGAGUUGGCUGAUGUGCGAGCAGAGCAAGAACGCCAGGCAGAUCUUUUGGUGGAGUCCUGUCAAACAGACUCAAGUCCCCGUCCCGCAAACUGUUACGAAGCAUUGAAGGAAUCUCAGAAAAGUGGCGUCACUGAGAUUCGUGUACCCGAGUACAGUAGAAACCCCUUUAAGGUGGCCUGCGAUCAGGAGAGUCAUGGCGGCGGCUGGACUAUAAUCUUAAGGCGGACGGAUGGCAGCGAGGACUUCUACCGAGAAUGGAUGGACUACGAGAAGGGUUUCGGCCAAGUGGACGGUGAAUACUUCGUGGGAUUGGCCCGACUGCAUGCAUUGAGCUCUUCGGUGCCCCAGGAGCUGCUGAUCCUCAUGGAGGAUUACGAAGGAGAGCAACGCUACGGGAUGUACGACAAUUUCAGGGUCGGGGGAGAGGCCAAUAAUUAUACAUUGGAAUCGCUGGGAAAUUUUUCCGGCACCGCCGGUGAUUCACUCACAUAUCACUUGGGAAUGCAAUUCUCCACCAAGGAUCGCGACAACGACAUUCACGAAACCAUUCACUGUGCCGUACAUUUUACAGGCGCCUGGUGGUACCGAUAUUGUCAACUUAGCAACUUGGCUGGCGUAUAUGAAGAAAAUUCUUUUGGAAAAAGCGUACACUGGUAUACCUUUAACGGAUUUUAUGAAUCACUGAAAACUGCAGUUAUGAUGAUACGCCCAAGAGCUAAAUAGUGCCUUCAAGGAGUAAGCUAAAUAUUAUAUUAAAAUAAGUUGGCCUUAUUUCCGUGAUUGGUUCACUUUCUGCAGAAUUAUAAAACGCCAAUCGCUUUAUUAGUCACUUUAAUAAUAAGAUUAGAUAGUGGAAUAAGCGAAUAUAUAGUCCUAAGAUUAAUAUUUAUGGCCAAAUUAAUUAAGACGUUUUGUUGUCUAAGAUCAUAUUUCUAGUAUUAUCAAUAAAUAGUUUUGCCAUCGAAAGUAGAAAAAAAAUAAACUCUUUUAUAAAC